UUAGGCAUGAUAACUAGGCUAUUUACUCUCUUUUACUUAAAAAUAGGAAGUAAGGAAUUUCUUUUUCUUUUUUCUGUUCUUUUCUUUAUUUCUUUUUUUUACCACGCACACAGAUCGUUUUGAAAUAAUGUUUUCUGGUGUAUGAAAUAUAUAAGAUAGCCUUUUCUUGCUCUCUCUUAACCUGAUCAGGAAUGAUUAAAAGUGUAAAGUAAUUUUCUUCUCUUUGAUUUUAUGCGUUUAUUAUGUAUAAAUCUAAACAAGUUUUGCAAACUUGUUAAAAUCCCUGUCUGCUUUAACUGCAAUAGUGAAGCAAGGUGUGGUAGCAGUAGAUCAUACUAUGAUAAACAAAGAAUGAAGAUGAUGUCUGUGUCUCAAAACAUAGCGAGCUCACUAUCUAGACAGCAUUUUCAGUGUUUUAGAAUAUAGAAUGCUGCUUUGGAGCACAAUGUGAGUAUACAAUGAUCAAUUCAGCCAGGCCAGUUAUUAACUUAUCAAGUUUAAGAGGUUUACUUCGGCAACAAUCAGCUCUUUGUCUGGCAGAGUUCUGAAUCAUGGCAUGCUGAUUUGUCAAUAUAAUUUAUCCACGUGCUGUUUUCUGCUUCUCGUUGCAGCUCAUUUUUUGACACUGAUCCAGAGUUUCACCAUGUCAAGUGGAGUUUUGGCCCGUCUGAGUACGCUCACUUUGAGUAUACAGCAGCUGGGUCAAUUACCACACUUGUCGCACUGGUUUCCCCGUCUACCUUUACCUCAAGCCACCGUACUCGCAUCUGAUGUGCCGAGCCUGUUUCGUGAGCCCUAUAUCUUGUCGGGCUAUCGUCCAGUGCAUCAGGAAUGGCGGAGCUACUUUUGUAGCCUCUUUCAAUGCCACAAUGAGUCACUCAAUGUAUGGACACACCUGCUGGCAAUUCCUGCCAUUCUACUCCAGUUUUCUUUAUGUGCAGGGACAUGGGAGCUGAAGCUCAAUAUGGCGUCUUUGCCUCUGUUUUUGUACGUGUUGUCGUCACUUACCUACCUCAGUUUCAGCGUGGCUGCCCAUCUGCUGCAGUCACAGUCUGAACUGUCCCAUUACACCCUUUUCUUCAUAGACUACGUUGGUGUAGCUAUUUACCAGUAUGGCUGCUCUCUAGGCCACUAUUUUUACUGUUCAGAGCCAUCAUGGAGGCACAGCCUAGGUGUUGUGUUUCUGCCUGGUGCUGCGGUCCUGGCCUGGUUGUCCUGCACCAGCUGCUGCUACGCUAAAUUCCGUUACCACCGCCCGUACCCGGUCCGCCGGAAGAUCUGCCAGAUCAUUCCCACCAGCAUGGCUUACAUGCUCGACAUCAGCCCGAUUGCACACCGCCUGGUCACUAGAUCUUGGGAUGAGCCGGUGUUGGUGUUUCAUGCCCUACAAGUGGUGUUUUUCAUGCUAGCGGCUCUGUUUUUCUCUUGUCCUGUUCCUGAACGCUUCUUUCCAGGGAGAUGUGACAUUGUCGGCCAUGGACAUCAGAUCUUCCAUAUCUUCCUGGCUAUGUGUACUAUGUGCCAGCUAGAAGCAAUGUUUAGAGACUUUCUGGUGCAUCGGCAGUCUGUUGUAGAUGUGCAUGGAGAACAUUUCAUUAUGUUGGCUGGAGGAUCGUUCUUCUUGUUGGUGCUGUGCAGUGUUCUAACUGCAGCUCUUAUGAGAGGAGCUGUGCAAAGGCAACUGAAGAAAAAAGACUGAAAACUAUUUUGAAAAGAUUUUACCAAGCAUUUUUUGCUUAGUUAUGUACUGUAUUACCAAGAGUUACCUUUAUUAAUAUAAGUUGUCAAAUUAAAAUAGUUUUAUUUUAAUGCAUUUAUUAUGAGAAUUGCGAUGGGAAGUCUUUUCUUUCUUUCAUUUUUGUUAUAUUAAUAGUCCUACAAAUCAAAUGAAACUCAUACUAAAUGGGGUUUUCCCACAAAUUAAUUCACUGCUGAGUAUAAUCUUCCACUUAGCCGACAUUCCUCUGAGAUCCAGUACUGUAUGGCUUUGCAGAACUGGCUUGUUUACAAAAGUUUGAGAAUGAAUUUUUCGAAGGCAAAAACAUUCAAAUUAAGGAGAAAAUAUGGAUUUGGCCCAAAUUAGAAUGAGGGAGAGUUGGAGGGGUGAGGGAUAAGGGAAACAAAGAGGCUACUUUUAUUUUGCACCCAGUGUUGUCAGGCAACAGUGUUGUGGUGGAGGAACAGAUCAGCUCUUGUUUGCUUCUUGUUUAUCUUAUAGAACAUUCAUAUAGAAUAUAAAUACUCUGUUAAAAAAAAAUGCCAUCUGUAAGCCUGAACAAAAAAAAUCAUGCU